UCUGUGGAUAAAGAAGUUAAUUUUUUUUUUUGCUGUGACAAAAUAAUUGCAAAAGCGAAAAGUAAACGCUAAUAACCGAAAUAUUGCCUUUGGCAUGGCCUUAGGCAUUUAACUAUAUGAUGCUCGUGGAGCAGCUGCAAGAACCCGAGAUUGGAAAACUAAACUAAACUAAACUUAACCUCGCAAAAAAUCAAGCAAAACGAAGCGAAGUCGGCGAGUGAAAAGUCUUUGUGUGUUAGUGUUCGCGUUUUUUUUUUUUGUAUUGUUAUUGCUACUAUUGUAGCACACGCUGUACGCGAAACUCAAUUUUAAUUUGUAAUGCAAAAAAGAAGAACGGAAGAAGGAAUCCCCAACCGGCGAAUGCCUCUCUCUUAGGCACACGCCGAAAAUGCUAAAACUGACAUGUGUGCAGAAAAAUAAAAGCAAAAAUACAUAAAUAAAAGAAAGCACUCGAAAAAUACAAAUACAGUAGCGAAGGUAAAACCAGCAAAGAAAAGCUAAGCAAAGCCACAACCAGUGCUAAGCAAUAAAAAUACCGGUGCAAAAGGCAAAACCAAAAUAGCAAAUAAUAUGAAUUUGCCAUCUGUAAAAUUUUUUCGCAUUCAUUGCCGAAGAACGCAGUCGCUGUUAAGUUGCUCAUGUAAAUGCUAAAAAAAAAAAAAGUAACACCUUUCAAAGCUUGCAAUCGGAAACAAUCCCGUUUACAAAAACUGCUUCCUGUGAAUCCACAAAACUGACAAAAAAAAAACAAUAUCGCAGCCAAUUAUAAUCGUUUGCCGCUAUGGAUCAGUUCCAAACGUCGCUAAAUCCACGAAAACAGGAGUUACUGGAGGCUCGUUUUAUCGGAGUCAGGAUGUCCGCCGGCGCUCAGUUGCAAAUGGCCCCACAAACCACUUCGGCCCUAAGUCACCACCAUCCCAACCAGCAACAGCAGCUGCAGCCGCCGCAGCAGCCGACACCACAGCCCCCGCCCCAACAGCAGCACCAGCACUUCGCUAACCACCACAGCGCCCAGCAGCAGACGGGACAGCAGCAGCAGGAGCAGCAGAAUCCCCAGCAGCAGGCGCAGCAGAUCCUGACGCAGCCACAUUUGCAGCACCUGCAGAAGCAUCCGCAUCAGCUGCACCAGCUCCAGCACCCGCAGCAGCAGCAGUUGCACCAGGCUCAGCAGCAGCAACACUUCCACCAGCAGCAGCAGUCGCUGCAACAACAAGGGCUGCAGUCGCACCAGGGCAGCAGUAACCCGGACUCGAAUAUGAGCACUGGCUCCUCGCACAGCGAGAAGGAUGUCAACGACAUGCUAAGUGCAGGAGCAACUCCUGCCCUUCAGCAGCAACAACAGCAUCCCGCCUUUCCGCCCGCCCUGGGCAUGCAGCAGCCACCCCCGCCGCCCCCUCAGCAGCACUCGAACAAUGGGGGCGUGGCUGGAGAAAUAUCGUACUUGACAUCCGCCACGACGACGGCCAACAAACAGCCGCGCACGCCAGCGGAACGGAAACGUAAACGGAAAUUACCGCACAGCAGUACGGAUGAAGCGGGGAGUGGUGGUGGUGGAGGAUCCGGCGGAGGAGGCUCUGGCGGAUCGGUGAACAACAGCAGCCUGAAGGGAAAGUCCCUCGCCUUUCGUGAUAUGCCCAAGGUGAAUAUGAGCCUGGGCCUUGUCGACCGCCUGGGCGGUGGCAGUGGUGGCGGGGCAGGCGGAGCCGGGAGCGGUGGCUCCGGAGCAAGUGGAGGCUCUGGGUCCGGCAGUGGCGGCGGCAAGAGCGCUCGACUCAUGCUGCCUGGCAGCGACAACAAGAAGAUCAACGACUACUUCAACAAACAGCAGACGGGCGUGGCCGUCGGGGCCGGCGGUGGCGGAGGCAAUCCCUCGGGCCUCAGAGGUUCCCAUACAGGCGGAGGCAGCAAGUCGCCCUCGUCCGCUCAGCAGCAGCAGCAACAACAACAGGCGACGCAACAAACGGCGGCGAGCGGGGCCAGUGGCGGGAGCGCCAGCCAGGUGCAAGUGCAGACCAGUAGCGCCUACUCGCUAUACCCGCCGGCUAGCCCUCAGACACAGACUCCGCAGCAGCAGCAACAGCAGCCCGGCUCCGAUUUCCAUUACGUCAACUCCAGCAAGGCGCAACAGCAGCAGCAGCGGCAACAGCAGCAGCAACAGACUUCCAAUCAAAUGGUUCCUCCGCACGUGGUCGUUGGCCUGGGUCAUCCCCUCACUCUGGCCUCCAUCCAACAGCAGCAGACGCCGCAGCAGCAGCAACAGCAGCAACAACAACAGCAACAGCAGCAGCAGCAACAACUCGGACCACCGACGACCUCGACGGCGACUGUGGUGCCCUCGCAUCCACAUCAAAUCGGGUCCCUAGGCGUUGUUGGGAUGGUCGGGGUUAAUGUUGGCGUGGGCGUGAAUGUGGGAGUUGGCCCGCCCCUACCACCACCCCCUCCAAUGGGCUUACCCGCGGCGAUCCUCACGUACACCAAGGCCACGCAGACCGAGAUCUUCCUGCACCAGCUCGAGGACCGUGAGACUGAGCUCGAGUCCAUCAAGGUGAAGCUGGACGAGGUGACGCGGUUGUCGGACGAACAGAAGUGCCAGAUCCUUGGCAACCAGAAGACGAUCGACCAGCACAAGUCGCACAUUGCCAAGUGCAUCGACGUAGUGAAGAAGCUGCUUAAGGAGAAGAGCAGCAUCGAGAAGAAAGAGGCGCGCCAGAAGUGCAUGCAGAAUCGUCUUCGACUUGGCCAGUUUGUGACUCAACGAGUGGGCGCCACAUUCCAGGAGAAUUGGACGGACGGAUAUGCGUUCCAGGAGUUGAGCAGGCGUCAGGAGGAGAUCACCGCGGAGCGCGAGGAGAUCGACCGGCAAAAGAAGCAGCUGAUGAAGAAACGUCCCGCCGAGUCUGGCCGCAAGCGAAACAACAACAGCAACCAGAACAACCAGCAGCAGCAGGCGCAGCACCAGCAGCAACAGCAGCAAAACUCCAACUCAAACGACUCUUCCCAGCUGACGGGAGGCGUGGCCAGCGGUCCCGGUAGCGACCGACUGGGUGGAGGAGCGGCUGGUAGCGUCGACAGCGGUUUGGGCGGCAACAAUGCGGGCGGGAUUGGAGGCGGAGGUGGUGCCGGCGUCGGAGGCAGCGGCGGUGGCGUCGGAGGAGUCGGCGCCGUUGGAAGCGGAGGCGGUGGCGGCGGACGCGGCCUGUCCCGUUCCAACUCGACACAGGCCAAUCAGGCCCAAAUGCUGCACAACGGCGGCGGCGGUUCCGGCGGCAACGUUGGCAACUCUGGCGGCGUCGGCGACCGGUUAUCCGACCGGGGAGGAGGAGGCAUCGGCGGCAACGACAGCGGCAGUUGCUCCGACUCGGGCACUUUCCUUAAGCCGGACCCCGUGUCCGGAGCGUACACCGCGCAGGAGUACUACGAGUAUGAUGAGAUCCUAAAGCUGCGGCAGAACGCACUCAAGAAGGAGGACGCCGACCUCCAGCUCGAAAUGGAGAAGCUCGAGCGGGAGCGCAACCUGCACAUCCGCGAACUAAAGCGGAUACUUAACGAGGAUCAGUCCCGCUUCAACAAUCAUCCCGUGCUGAACGAUCGCUAUCUCCUGCUGAUGCUCCUGGGCAAGGGUGGCUUCUCAGAGGUGCACAAGGCCUUCGACCUCAAGGAGCAACGCUAUGUCGCAUGUAAGGUGCACCAAUUAAACAAGGAUUGGAAGGAGGAUAAGAAAGCUAAUUAUAUCAAACACGCCUUGCGGGAAUACAAUAUACACAAGGCUCUGGAUCACCCGCGGGUUGUCAAGCUCUACGACGUCUUUGAGAUCGACGCGAAUUCGUUCUGCACGGUCCUCGAGUACUGCGACGGCCACGAUCUGGACUUCUAUCUGAAGCAACAUAAGACUAUACCCGAGCGUGAGGCGCGCUCGAUAAUAAUGCAGGUUGUGUCUGCCCUUAAGUAUCUAAAUGAGAUUAAGCCGCCGGUCAUCCACUACGACCUGAAGCCCGGCAACAUAUUGCUGACCGAGGGCAACGUCUGUGGCGAGAUCAAAAUCACUGACUUCGGUCUGUCCAAGGUGAUGGACGACGAGAACUACAAUCCCGACCACGGCAUGGAUCUGACCUCCCAGGGCGCGGGCACCUACUGGUACCUGCCACCCGAGUGUUUUGUGGUGGGCAAGAAUCCCCCAAAGAUAUCUUCGAAGGUGGACGUGUGGAGCGUGGGCGUGAUCUUCUACCAGUGCCUCUACGGAAAGAAGCCGUUCGGGCACAAUCAGUCGCAAGCGACCAUCCUUGAGGAGAACACGAUCCUGAAAGCCACCGAGGUGCAGUUCUCCAACAAGCCAACAGUCUCCAACGAGGCCAAGAGCUUCAUCCGCGGCUGCUUGGCGUACCGAAAGGAGGACCGCAUGGAUGUGUUCGCUCUGGCCCGGCACGAGUACAUCCAGCCACCGAUACCGAAGCACGGACGGGGCUCGCUCAAUCAGCAGCAGCAAGCGCAGCAGCAACAACAACAGCAGCAACAACAGCAGCAGCAGUCGUCGACGUCGCAGGCCAACUCAGCCGGCCAGACAUCGUUCUCUGCCCACAUGUUUGGCAAUAUGAACCAAUCCAGUUCAUCCUAGCUGCCAACCAAGCGAAAUUCUAAUUCAUAAUUCGCCGUUGCUAACGUGUCAGCAGCACUGAACCUGCAACAGAUCCAGCAGCAGCAGUUGCAGGUUAGUAGUAGCAAUAAUUAUGCAGCAACGCUGCUCGAUGCAGCCUACUGCUAUGAGACCCACUACAUGAUGGAGGCCACCCACUAUAGCAGCAGCAGCAACUACAAUAAUAACAAUAACAUUACCAGCAACAGCAACUACAACUAUUAUAACUAUGGCUACAA